UGUUACUCCUCUUCCUCCUCUUCUUCUAUCCCGGGGUCGUCGUUUCUUUGGUGGUUCGCCAUCGUUUCGUUCGUUCUUUGCGGCUUUUCCAUCGAUUCUUCAUCGUUUCCAUCAUCAUACAUCAAUCGUUUGGCGAUCAAGUGCCGUUUUGCGUUCGUUUCUUGCUUUGUUCGCCUCUGAAUCGCGUGUUUUGCGUCGGGUCUUUCGAUAUGGCCGACAGAGCACGCCGUCGCCGCCGCAGAGCUGCGGCUAACCGGUCGCGUGCCGUUCGCGCCACGGUGAUUAAACCACGUUGGCUAUGGUGCAUGUGUUGCCUUCGUACUUCGGUGAAGAACUUCAAACCGGGUGAAAUGGAAGUGCAGGAAGUCUUCGAGAUUAACUGUGUUCUCGAUGGGGAAGAGUCUAUCCUGUGUCGCCAGUGUUGCGGCCGGCGCGGCGGCUGCGAAGCGACUCCUGCGGGAGCCUUAGGAAACGCCGCCGAGCUGGUUGAGCUUCUGGACUGGUACCGUGCUUGCUUCUUUCAUAACGCGGAGGACGAGGAGGAGAAUGCCUUUGUGAAUUUCAACGAAGAUGCUAUUCGUGCUGCCAACAACUGCGUCGUGCAUCUUGGCCGGGCCUUUGUCCAGAUGGUGGCGACUCACAACCGCUACCAUGGUCUUUCGGUCGCCCAGAAGUCGCGUCGCACUGCCAAUUAUGAAGCGUUUCUGGCUAGACGUCGCAAGAUUGUGGGAGUUGAUAUCGAAAAACUGUGCCUCAUGCCCGGUGAUCCCGGCUUCGUCUUGUGGACUUCGGCGAAGCAAUCGUUUCACGACGGCAUUUCGGCCGCGGUUGGCCUGCAAUUCGACGGCGAUAGACUGGAUGAGAUCCUUGAGUGGAUGUUCGAAGAGUUUCCAGUGGCUUUGGGGGAGUUGUGAAGGUGGCCCGCCUCCGAAUCGUGGCUGAAUUGGUGCCGAAUAGCAGUGAGUUGUGAUCAUUGAUAUGCAUGGGCGCGGCCUGUCGCCUUAUAACAGUGCUUCAAGAUGUAUUUAUUAGCAUAUUAGUGAAAUAUCAUCCGACUGGUUCAUCAUCAA